AUGCCGCCGAAGUUCGAUCCGUCACAAGUCGUCGACGUCUAUGUCCGCGUCACCGGAGGUGAGGUCGGGGCAGCGAGUUCACUCGCUCCUAAGAUUGGACCACUCGGUCUCUCUCCAAAGAAGAUCGGAGAAGACAUUGCAAAGGAAACCGCAAAGGACUGGAAGGGUCUCAGAGUUACAGUCAAGCUUACUGUUCAGAAUCGUCAGGCUAAGGUAUCCGUCGUCCCAUCCGCCGCCGCUCUGGUGAUUAAAGCUCUCAAGGAACCAGAGCGUGAUCGUAAGAAGGUGAAGAACAUCAAGCACAGCGGCAACAUUUCUCUCGAUGACGUGAUUGAAAUCGCGAAGGUUAUGCGUCCGAGGUCAAUGGCUAAGGAGUUGCAAGGAACUGUGAAGGAGAUUCUCGGAACUUGUGUUUCUGUUGGUUGUACGGUUGACGGAAAAGAUCCGAAGGAUUUGCAGCAGGAAAUAGCUGAUGGUGAUGUUGAGAUUCCUCAGGAUUGA